AUGAACAUAAAAACAGCUUCUCUAACGAACAACGGCAUUUAAACUAAUCAUUAUUCAGCCAAGUUCACAAACAGCACUAUCAAUCACUUCACAGAGGAUUUAAACAGUAGCCCCGUGGCCACAGUUUCCGCUGCUCAUCAUUAAUUGAUGCAGAAUUCAGGGUAAAAAUCAAAUUAAAAAUCGUAUGAGAAGGGUCGAUCCUCUUUGACAGGCAGCGGGAGUGCAUACUAUGGAAAUAAUAAUUCGAGUGCAAAAAAAGCCAAUUAGUCCAUGAUGCAUACAGCUACUGGAAUGGGCAUGGGAAUUGGUAAUGCAGCUGGGAAUAAGUAGAUGAGUUGUAUACCGAGCAUGCAAUACUAUGAUUUGAGUACGAUGUCUCCAAGCAAAAAUACAAAGCCCAUAGGAAACCAAAGCAAUUUAAGUUCAAAUAGCACUGCGACAAUAAAUAACUUCGCAUAAGGCUUGACUUCUUCGCGUUUGAAUAGUCAGAGUAAUUUAGGCUUGCUUCCAUCAAAUAAAUAUGAACCACCAAUGAAUAGGUCACCAUUAUAAACGAACAACAAUGCAACUUAGUAAAUUUAGUAAAGUAAUUUGAAUCGAAUUACAGAACUGGAAGCUCUUAGAUCGUAAUUGCUGAGUUCACCUAAAAAGCAUCAUACACCUGUACUUCAAUAAUAUAAUUAGGAUGGAUACAGAUAAUAACAAACACCAACAAGUAGUAACAUUCGUCUGAGAAAUAGUAUGUCAGGCCAAAAGCCCUCUACAGAAAAAGCUUAGGCAAAAAAUACUAAGCCUUAAGAUGAGCCAACAGAGAUAGAUGAGGAUUGCAAUGUAUAGGGUGAGGAAUUCGGAUGUUUAAAAGAAGAGGAUGAUGAAGAUGAUAAUGGUGACUUCACACUUAUGACGAGAGAGCACUCAAAUACCUAAACAGCUAUGUAGAGAUAGAGUGAAUGCCUUUAAGUAAAAUCUUAUAGCUAGUUAUUCAGCAAAUAAAAUGAUGAGUAGAAGAAAUACGGGAGUGUCUCUUCAUAGCAGUAAAGCAUAAUAAAGAAGGCUAUUGCUACAAGCAAUAACAAUCAGCCAAUUCAUAAUGAAAGGAAUAUCCUUUAAAAAAUUUUGCCUUCUAGAUCACAUGCUGAAUCUUUCAAUUCCAAAUCAAGUUAAAUGCCCAUAUAAAACUCUGGUGCAGGAACUAACACUGGAAAUGGAGUUGGAGUUCGAAAGAACUCAAAUACUCUAGCUCUGAGUAAUGCUGCAAUAAAUAGCAACCUUUCUGCUGGGGUUAAUUCUAAUGUGAAUAGCAAUGUUCAUUCAGGAUCAGGAUACCCAAUUGAUAAAUCUAAUAAUGUUUCGCAGAGAUAAACACCGAGUGCUUAAAUCGGGAUUAGAGCAAAUCUUAAAAGUGCUUAGGGAUUCAUGAGUGGAAUAGAAGCUUUAAGUCAUGUCAAUCCUAAUAUCACCAAGCCAGUAUUGUCCAAACAGCAUAGAAACUCUGGAAAAGAGGAAUCAAAUCCUUAAUCAGUGACAACAAGUGAUUCCUCAUCUAAAACUGAAAUCAAAUCAAAUCCUGCUUUUCAAGAUAACAAGCCAAGUGUUAGUUGUAAUCUCAACAAUAUAACUAUUUUGUCCAGUUCAGGAGCUGUCUAGAAGAAUUCUGGAAAUGGCAGCAAUAUACAUGCAAGCAAUGCUUUAACUAUGAUAUAGCAGCAGAACUAGAGAGGCAAAGGUGACUAGAGAAAUGCCAAUAGAAAUUCAGGACUGACUGACUAGACUCUAUAGUCCUCUUAUGAUGUGAACGAUACGAUUGAAGAUAACACGGCUAAGUACAUUGGUAAAGAUGUUUUCUCAAAUAUGAAUACAUUCAGCAAUUAUCAGGCUUGCAAGUUACAGUCAACUACUCUUAUCAAUCCAAUAUCUUGUGAAAGCAGUAGUGAUGUAAACACAUCAUAAAUCACAACCAGCCAGAAGUAUACCUAGGGGCCAAGAAAGUCACCAAUGAAUAUCUAAAAUUCCCUUAAAAAGAAGAAGAGAAAGAAGUCCUAAAAUGGAGGUAACAUCAAUAACUUCCUUCAGGGCAUUUCUCAAGCAGUACUAUAGUAAAAGAAACCUGCAGGUGUGUAGAUCCCAACUAUCUAAAACACCAACCUUCCUCCCUAUUCAGUUUCCAGUUCCUCUAAGUUCACGACUCCUAAGGAGAACAACUUAAAUAUCUUGGCAGGUGUGUCUUAGGGAAACACCCACAGCAACAUUCUUGCAGCCUUUUCCAAUCAAAACCUAGAGAAUAAGGUUUCAAACUAGACCACGAAAGAACAUGAAAACAUCAAUAACAACUUGAAUUAGACUGCGACUCUUAAAGAGCAGAUACUGAAUGAAUAGCUUAGGCAAUCUUAGAAUGCCAGUGUGCAUCAGAGAAAUGGUUCUAACAAUAGCAGAAUGACUGAGAAGUCAUCCAAUAACACUGGCAACGGUUGUAGUAGUGCUGGAGGCAAUCAAAACAAUUCUAGCAUGAUGAAGAAAAGAAUGCAGCCUAAUAAAACCACUUCGUUCGCUCAGCCAUCACAGACUAAUACAAUUGGCUCUAUAUUGACAUAGAAUAGCAUGAAUCAUAUAGUGCCUUUAGCCUUGACUAGAUCUAAUACAACCUAACCUACUGGAUAACCUAAUAAUCAUGCUAUUCCGUAAACAUUCUCAUAAUUUUCUAACUCUAAAUUUAGAAGCAAAAAGAAACCAACAUGGUCAUUGUUAGACUCUGAGAAGCAAACCUAUGGUGACAGAUGUCCUAGAGGCUAUGAUAAAGUAGAUCUGCUUGGAAAAGGUGGAUGUGCUUUAGUUUGGCUAGGAAAGAACCAGAAAACAGGCGAGCUUGCUGCAUUGAAGCAGUUCCCAAAAUCCAAGUCUUAAAUUGAUCAGACAGCCCGAGUUGAAGUAGUCUUUGGCAGAUCCCUAUUCCCCAAAUCUUAGAACGGCUAAACUACUUAUGGUCUUGAUCCUAAUGCAUUCCCUGGCAUGAAAUCGAUUGCCAAACUUAUUGAUGACAUAGAUGAUGGCAAGGAUUACUGGUUGGUUUACGAAGUAGGCUCACACAGUUUAAGCAAGCACCUAUUUGAUGUGAAGGGAGAGUUCUAUAAGGGUGAAAGAAUAUAUCUUGUCUAGCAUCAAUCAUUCUUCCAGGCUUUGAAAUAAAACAACAACCUCUUGAGGCAGCUUAUCAAGAAAAUAGCAGAAACUUUCGCUGUCCUGUCGGAGUAUAAAAUCGUGCAUGCUGAUAUCAAACCCGACAACAUACUAGUCAACUUUGACGGCCGUGAGAUCAAGGAUCUGAAACUAAUUGAUUUCGGAUCAGCGUUUUCAUUUGAAAACCCCUCAAACAUACAAGCAAGCACUCCAGAAUACUUAGCACCGGAGGUACUUGAGUAUCUUGAGAACAGAGCUUAGAACACCUAAGCCAAUGGUACAAACAGUGGGAAUCUUUGUAAAAGACUUCAGCCUUGGUCAUAUGACAUCUGGUCUCUAGGCGCAAUACUCUUAGAAAUUUUAACAGGUUUUCCUCUCUGGCUUUCUUUGAAGUCAAGAAUUGCAACUCAAUCAGGCAAAAACAUCAUUGGCAUGGGUAUAUUUGGGGUUUAAGGUCGUGAAGGCAAGAAAAUUCUUGUCAAGUAGCAGGCUAUGCUUAAAAACAUACCAAGUCUUCUUAAGAAGUAUGAGUGCUAUGGCCUGGAUAAAGAUCAAAACUUCAUGGAUCUUUUACUCAGGAUGCUCGAUUUCAAUGCUCUGAGAAGAAUAUCUCCAGAGGAAAUCAUUGAACAUCCUUUCAUCAGGGGCGCUCAAUGA